UGCCCUCCACGGCCUUACCUGGCCCUACUGCGUGCGUACGCGGCAGGGAAGCGGCAGCGGCAGCACACCAACAAGGGGGUGGCAUGGGGUUUCGCGCGCCCCCCGGCCGUCCCCCUCCCCCCCGGUCUCCUCCCCCAGCUCGCCUGCUUCGUAGUACCCUGGAACCGAUCACCCGGGAUCCUGUUUUUUUUUUCUUCUUUUGUCCGUCGCUGACUCUUUUCGCCGCGGGACGGGACCGACGUCGCGAAGGGGCAUGGAGGAUGAUGGGUGGAUGCAGACGGUUGGGCGUAGGUAUACGAAUCUAGGUGUGGAGAGGCAGCAGGCCAGGGCCCUCCCGCUUCUCCCGCGCCGUCGCGCUGGAACCGGGGGGUUCUCGUCUCCUUUUCCCGUCUGCGGCACGCGCGCACGUAUCGCACACGUACGUAGGUAUAACACGGCACAUACGUGCGUAGGCGGCGUGGGUAUAGAUAGAACAUGCGGUUUUGCGCACCAACGACGGCCAGGCCGCGGCCAACGAGCCAACGACAGGCUCUCCUCGCUGCAUCUCGCAUCUCGGCGCGCGCGCUCAGGGUGCGGGUGUUGGAGCGGCGGGAAAGGGGAAAAGGGGGCCAGGAGAGGCCCGAGAGGAAAGAGGCAGAUGGGCUCCAACGAGAAGCCGUCUCGACCCUGGGCUCAUUACUCAAAAAUAACCAGCGUAUAUUAUAGCCAGCCUGCAGGGGCCGCGCCGGAUGGGCGGGCGGGCGUACGUAGGGACUUUCGUUUCUCCUUCCCCUCUCUGUCUCUUUGCAUCCGCGUUCCCCAGUAUCCGUUUUUUUUUCCUGGGGUGCAUAUGAGGUUGUUCGGUAUGGCGGCCCAGAGAUCUGCUCUGGUAACGCUGCGGUCCACCAACGGUACCACCUUUGAAUAUCGUCUUCAUUUUAUUGUAAUUUUUGUAGAAUUUUUUAUUAUUUCGAGAAUUGUAUUCACCCAUUAUUUUUUCGACUACAUCGAGACGACGGAGCUAGGAUGAAUUCACCUUUCUUCUUUUUUUUCUCCUUCUGUCGUAACACGGCGCGUGUUCACGAAGCCGGGCCUUCUUGAAGUCUAGACCGGGAAUCCCCCUAUUCGGGCGUCGUAGCAUCGACUCCCCUCGCCCGGAUCUACAGUAUACAGCACUUACAUAUAAUCGAACGAGA